CCUGAGCUUUCCAUUCCGCUCUGCAGCGCGGGCGUCCGGGAAGGCCGGAGACGGGCUCGGAGCCUGGCAGCGAGCGCCCCGGCGCGGGUCCGGUGCCCGGGAGCGCAGAACCCGGCAGGGUGGCGGCCGGAGAGACCGAUCGCCCGCUCCCCGCCCUCGCCGGGAUGCACAACGCGUCGUCCUGGGGGCCGGGGCACUUGAACACAUCGUGCCCCGGGCUCGAGCUUCGCUGCCCCAACGAGUCCGGGCCGCCGCCGCCGCCGCUGCCGCCGCCGCUCGCCGUGGCAGUGCCGGUCGUGUACGGGGUGAUCUGCGCCGUGGGUCUGGCGGGCAACUCGGCGGUGCUGUACGUGCUGCUGCGGGCGCCCCGCAUGAAGACGGUCACCAACCUGUUUAUCCUCAACCUGGCCGUGGCCGACGAGCUCUUCACGCUCGUGCUGCCCAUCAACAUCGCCGACUUCCUGCUGCGGCGGUGGCCCUUCGGGGAGCUCAUGUGCAAGCUCAUCGUUGCCAUUGACCAGUACAACACCUUCUCCAGCCUCUACUUCCUCACGGUCAUGAGCGCCGACCGCUACCUGGUAGUGCUGGCCACCGCAGAGUCGCGCCGGGUGGCGGGCCGCACGUACGGCGCGGCGCGCGCAGUGAGCCUGGCGGUGUGGGGGUUCGUGACACUGGUGGUGCUGCCCUUUGCCGUCUUCGCGCGCCUCGACGACGAGCAGGGACGGCGCCAGUGCGUGCUGGUCUUCCCUCAGCCGGAGGCCUUCUGGUGGCGCGCGAGUCGCCUCUACACGCUGGUGCUUGGCUUCGCCAUCCCGGUGUCCACGAUCUGCGUCCUCUACACCACGCUGUUAUGCCGGCUGCGCGCCAUCCGCCUUGACAGCCACGCCAAGGCCCUGGACCGCGCCAAGAAGCGGGUGACGAUCCUGGUGGCGGCGAUCCUGGCCGCGUGCCUCCUCUGCUGGACGCCCUACCACUUGAGCACCCUGGUGGCGCUCACCACCGACCUCCCGCAGACGCCGCUCGUCAUCGCCGUCUCCUACUUCAUCACCAGCCUGAGCUACGCCAACAGCUGCCUCAACCCCUUCCUCUACGCCUUCCUGGACGACAGCUUCCGCAGGAGCCUCCGCCAGCUCAUGACGUGCCGCGCCGCGGCCUGAGCCUGCGCUGCCCCGGCGCUCAGGGUGGUCCCGGAUCCAGAGCCUCCUCACCCCCCCCAACUUGCUGUCGAUGCAGAUUCUCUGGCCUUCCCCCCGCCCCCAGGCCCACUGACUCGGUAGCUGUGGCUGCGCCCGCAUUUUCAAUUUGCCGAGCUCUCCUGGUGAAGUGGGAGCACGAGCGUGAGCAUCCUUGCAGCUGAGAGCGCACAGACUGCUCCCUAAAGUCAGAGGGCACCGAGGAGACACCCCCCAAUUCACACCCCCAGCUUGACAUAGGAGGGGAGGAAGGGGAGAAGAAGGGCAGUACUCUUAAGCCGCUCCCCUGGCUCUCCGGAGGAUGCCGCGGGCGCCCGGCGUCGGCUAGGCGCUCGCCUCUUCACUUGGCUCCUCGGGUUCCCCGCAGCGCCCGUCUGUGCUUCUGCUCUAGCGGGCGAGCAGCCUGGCCCGGGGCCCUACAGCUCCUCUCCGUGCGCUCUCGCCGCGGGAGGACAGGGUCAAGGCGCGUGCGGUCGCUCUCCCCCUGCUGGGGGACAGAGCAACUCGGGUGACCAGCGUGUGUGCGUGUGUGUGUGUGUGUGUGUGUGUGCGCGCGCGCGGGUGGGUCUAUCCGAGACCAGGGGUUGGAGUGAAGGAGGACGGAAACUGGCUGUGAUGCCUCCCCAGCAGUGAUAACAAUGGUGAUUAACCCCCCUUCCUGUUCCAGCCCCUUCUUUCUUUGCCGUUUCACCUUCCCACCCCUGUAGUCAUUUCGGGGACCCGCCGCCGGCUCUGAGAGGCCUGGAGGGUUGCGGCGCCCCCUGGCGGAGCCAGCUGUCAGCGCGGAGCAUCCUCAGCAGCGCAGGGCGUGCAGGUGAGCGCCCCGCUGUACCGCUUAGUUACCAGGCAUCUCUUCUCUCUACCGAGAGUUUCAGCAACCCUGGCCACGCCCCUCUGUCCCCGUCGACCUCUAGUACAUCUGGAGCAGUUCGUUGCAAUUCUUUGUGUAAGUAUUGUUUUUCAAGAUUGAGAAUUUUAUGUAAAUAUGUGUCCUAAUCUCACACGUUUUUGUGAGGCGCUAAGGAGAUGAGAAGGAGGUGUGAAGUCUCCAUCCCCUUCUCCUCACAUUCUUCAUCCUCUUGGCCUCAGGGGCAUCCAGAGAGCUGAACUGACCCACGCCCUUGUAUUUCUCUUUCCUGAAUUAUUUGUACUUUAUUCCUUCGUCCCAGACGCUGACUGAUAUGUCUGGUCCAGUCUGAUGAGGGAAACCAGACAGCACCCUAGCUUUAUUUUAUUUCCAUUUACAGAGACAAAAGUGGAUCAGGAGAGGGGAGUGGCAUUGGGUUUGCCCAGCUGCAGGUUACACUUGAGACAUGAGCGCAGAGCCUUAACCUGGCUGUGGUCACUACUGCCAGGGUUUUAAAAGAUUUUUUCUUUUGGGAUAAAUUCCAAACAGGAAUGAAAAUUUCUAAAAGUAUUUGUUUCCUAUGGUCAGUGUUAUGUGUGGUACAAAGCAGGAGUGAUGCUGGCAGGAUUUGUUUACUUGGUUUGAGGGGCACUAAUCAUGUUCUUGCUUUCUUAGCUUACAAAUACUUUUUAACUACGUAAAGGAAAAGGAAGAACUCUCCCUUGGGUGGGGAAAACAAACUCGUUCCCUGAUUUUUGUAAAUAAUAAUUGGUUUUUUUGCUCUCAAAGUUAUUAGGAAUGGUGGGAUAAUUCAUAACUAUCAGUUCAGAACAUGUAAAUUUGGAAACCUACCUUGGGUGACAAAUCGUAGUCAAAUUUUCCAAAUAUGCUCUUCCAUCUUCUACGUGUUUGAGCGAUGUACACGAUGGCACUUGAACAGUCCUCUGCUGGUGGGCUUUAGAGACCUCUUGGAAUUCAUUUUAGUAUCUUGCAAGUUUCUAGGAAACCUUCUAGUGAUUUUCUUCAUGACACACAAAAUUACUUUGUGAAUCCUCAGUAACUUUUCAAAAUUAAAGUCUUAACCUUAGAGUAACUGCCACAUUCUCUAAGGUGAUGGAUGUAGAAGAAGUAGACAUUGGCCACAGAUAGCCAAGCAUCAUCAUCUGGAUUUGAAACCUCAUCUGUCUUCAUAAACCAGGUCAUGUGCCUUGACAUCCUCUGGACACCGACUGGGGAGAGCCAUGCGCUCCAUCUGUCUGCUGCAUCAGCCCUACCUCCUGGCUGUCUCCGAACCUACCCAGGAGACUGCUGGAAAAGCUUAGGACUGACAGGGCUAUGUUGUCCACAGCAAGGCAUGGAUUAGCCCCUAACCCUAGCACUGUGUGUCACAAAACAGGCACUAGCCCAUCAGUUUCAUGCUAGCUUUCUAAAUCACUGGAUGAGCUGUGGUAGCAUUAUUUCUAGGUUGCUGCCUUCAUAUGAGCAUGCGCAAGUCCAGAUUGUAAGUUUCAGACCUCCUUCUCGUGACUUAGGUAUGCCAUGCCAAAGUAGGAUUUACUUACAUCGUUGCCUUGCAAAGCUUCUACCUCCAUGUUGAAUUUUUGCAGUCUUCCUGUAAUCUGUGUUGUUUGGUUACACCACUUCUGAUAUUUAGAAAUGUCCAUUUGGUUUUACUUAGCUUGGUACAGUUAUGUAAUGUGUGUUCUUCUCUCCUUGCACAGAAGCUCUGAUGAAAAUAAAAACUGAAACACCCUCUGUGAA